GGUGUUGUGACAGCUUAGGAGGGUGUACGUAGCUGAUUUCACAAUACUUGAGAACAUAUUUGUGAAAAUUCGUGAUUAUUCUCCACUCAUGUGCACUAGCCAUGGGGCGUAACGCACAAAAGUUGCAUUUGUGUUCUUAUCAAUUUGAGUUUAUUUAAUGGAGGUGUAUUGUGAAUGUGCAAUGCCUCUAUUGGAUCAAUAGUACACUACAAAUUUGUAAAAUUACUCAUUCUCUCUUACUCAAUGGUGAUAGUGAUUAUAUGCUACAAGUUAUUACUGUAAUGAAUUCCAACAACCACAACCAGUCUCGAAGGAACUCCUCGUCCUUCAGUAGGCACACAAAUAACCAUUCUAAUCGACCAAAUCAUGGCCACCAGCGGUGGCCUAACCGAUAUCCCAAAGAUUACAGCAGGGAAUAUGAUAAUAACUUUAAUCGAGGUGAAUGCUCAGUACCCCCUAAUACUAGCCCUAAGGACUCCAACUAUGUUCACGGGUACCCCAAAGUGCCCUCCCAGCUGAGCCCUGUAUUGAGAAAUAGCCACAUACACUACAACAGUGAAUCCUCUGGACACCCCCACCAAGACAGACGCCACAUUCCCUUAUCAAACGCCCCUGAAAGACGCCACGCUCCUGUUCAAAACUACCACAAUGGGGGCGACAGACGACACAUGCCCAACUUGGGUGAUCGUCGUCACAUUUCCCCUCCUCUCCACAUAAAUAUCUGUGAAAAUUCACCAAACAUCAUCAGCAAUUCAUCUCCAGAUGUUUUGCAUCAAAGGAACAUGAUGGAUUUUUCAAAUUCACAGAGGAGGCAUGGCAGAGAAGUUCGGGUGAGUCCGGUCCACUUCCAGCAGCACUCACCACAGUUUUAUAGACAAGGAGGAGAAGAAAGUAUUAAAAGUGAAAGUCCGUCCCGUAAACGCCGACGCUUAUCGCGCUCUGGCCAUCAUAUUGAACUAAAUGCUCAACCGGCCUCACCCCCAAGGAGGUCACCUAGGCAGCACCCGCCCUCUACUUCACAUCACAACUUACAGGGCAGUCCCCCGUUACGUCGUCCCAGAUACCGUGAUAGGAAUGAUUUCAUACACGCACAUCAUCAAACGUUUUUACCCAGUCCUCCACCUGUUGCUCACGCUCAUCCUCAUCAGUCUACUGUAAUGAUGGAUAUCAAUCAGGUACCAGUAACGAUUCCAAUGAAUCACGAAGCCAUGUGGAGUUACACGUCGCCGCCACACAUAUCUUUGUGUACGGCUCCUCCGGGUGCCCCUCCACACAUGCACAGUUGUCAUAUGCAUAAUGUGUACCAAACGCCCCAUCAACUAGUACCCCAGCAGUUUCCCGGUUGUCUUCCACAUCAGGGUUACGGGGGCUUCCCCACUCCGCCUAGUGCUCUUUCCGUUUCUAAUCAGCAUUACAACCAGCACCUCCCGCCUCAAAGACCUGAUAGCCUUGAAUUGGAGCUCCUCAACGAUCACCAUUCUCAUACGCACUCGACACUUCACGGAGCACCCCCAUUACAUGUUUCUCCUCUUCAAGUUACACCUCCCGCCUCCUUAUUUUUGUCGGCUGAAACGAGAGGCAAUCAGUUAGAGUUAUUACAUGCCAGGUCUAGGCAGCACAGAAAUCCGCGUUUGCAACCUCCGAGGACUCGUUGGCACCACAAUGCACCCAUCAUUUCGGCGCCCGCUCAGUAUUCAGGCUUCCUACUUCAUUUCCUCGCUAUGUUUUCGAAUCCGCCAAUGUCUCCAUUCAGCCAAACCGAUCUCAGUAGUUCAGAUACUACGGAAACGGAGAAUUACGAAGCUCUUCUUAAUUUGGCCGAACAGUUAGGCGAAGCGAAACCCCGAGGUUUAGGAAAAUUAGAAAUUGAGUCGCUUCUCAGUUACAAAUUUAACGCCGAUACACACCAAGGGGAUCAGACUUCAUGUGUGGUGUGCAUGUGCGAUUUUGAAGCCAGACAAGUGCUCAGAGUCUUACCUUGCUCACACGAAUUCCAUGCCAAAUGUAUCGAUAAGUGGCUCAGAUCAAACAGAACCUGUCCUAUUUGCCGUGGGAAUGCUUCGGACUAUUUCAACACCAGUGAUUAGAUUUCCCCAACGGAAACAAUAACCUCCUUUAUAAAUUUUUUCAGAAUUGAAAGUUUUGUUGUCAGGUGCCAUUAGUUUGCCAGUAAUAGAUUUAUAAUAUCACUAAUGAACAAAAAUAUAUAUGUGUUAACACUUCCUAUUUUACUUAUCUAGUAGAUAUCGUAAGCUUGAAAUUGUUAGCAAUUGUCGGUAAGAUUUAGGUGAGCCACAUUUUUGUUUUUUAGUGUCUAUAUUCAUGUGUCAAUGUCGUACACCUAAUUCUCCAUUGUAACUACCUCUAAUACAACAGAGACGUCAAAUUUUGCAAUCAAACGUUGGACGUUACUCUGUACCUUGACAUUCGAUUAAUUUUUUGUUUGUAUGAUUGUACGUACUAGGUACAUCUUCCAUGAUAAUGUUGUUCGUUGUGUAAUUUUUCGUUACUAACGGUUACAUAAGGCUUAUCGUUAAAUUAAUUUUAAAUGAGUGUGCCUUUUUUUGCACUGACGUGUAAAACUGGCUUUAGGUUUAGUUGUAUUUUUGGCUUUGUUUAUUUCGCUUAUCUUAAAAACAAAAAAAAAUUACAAAUUUCCGCUGUCUUUGCACAUAUGCUUCAUCUACACUAUAUGUAAAAUUUGAUUUGAUAAUGAAAUUUGUACUUACUAGUUUAAAUUUGUACUUUCUCGAUAAUAUUGCAGUACAAUUCAAUGCUUUUAAUGUCAUUUUCACCAUUGUUAGAAUAAAACAAAUUUUAUCGGGUGGUAAUUAUUGUACAGAGAAUAAUUUAAUGUAAUAGGUGUGCCUUUAUAUUGUACAAUUCAACAUCUGCCAUUCCGUUUGAUUUGCAAAUAUUUUUAAAAUAAAACAAAAAUUCAAGUGGUAUGCAGGACUGCCUCAAAAGUCAAACGGAUUAGAUAAUAUGUCUUAGAGCUGAAGAAUUGUUCUGUUUUAUUAAUUUAUAUGUGUAGCUUUAUAAUUUUAAUUCUUAAGUUUCGUUGUUAAAAAAUCCUUUGUGGCAGUUAGUAUAUUUACUACACCAUUUUGAAAAUGCCUUUAGUUGUUAAGCACCCUCACUUGAUGGACUAUUACUGUUAAGAAUGUGUGAAGUGGAAGUGAUAUUUUAAACAAUUAACCUUCGGUUUUAAGAACUGUUGAAAAAUACAUUCCCUUUUGUUGCAUAUUAGAUAACGCUGUUCUAAGCAAAUUACAAUAUGAUCAAGAUUACGAAAUUUACCUUGUGAUUAACUAUACUCGAAUAUGAAUAAAGUUGUGUCUAAGAAAUUACCUUUGGCCAAGACAAUAGUUUAUCUAAAAUUUAUUGUUAGGCUAGGACAAGUAUUUCUUAGAUGUGCCUUUUUUCACGUGCAAAUAUAAUUACUAACAACAUAUGUUUCGAACCUUGUCUUAUUGCUGAGUUUAGAGUUAAUUGGACAUAGUUACUGGAUUUUAAAAGACUUUCUAAAAACCGAGGGUUUAUUUUAACACUGGUCGUUAAAAUGGCUAAAUCUGUUUUGUAAUUGUUUAUUUUGCUCAAUUAUGUAUUUAUAUGUUAAGGAAUGGAAUUGUUUGACCAGUAGCCAUUUUAUAGAUUGAAAAUAAAAUUGUUUUGAUUUCUAGAAUUAAUUUAGACUUGUGUUUGGUUGGAUGUAAAGUUUUUGUUGCAAUUACGUAAAAUACUCAGUAGAGGGUGCCGUUGUUGUUCAGUAUACACAUAUCUCAGACACAAGUGCAAUAUGAAAAUCAUUUUAGCAUUUUUUCAAACAUGAACUAGCAAUAUUUAAUAGUCUAAGGCAUUCACAUUUAGCAAUUACUUCAUAAUCAAACUAUAGAUUGUAUUUUUGUGAACGUGAAUACCUAAGUGAUACUUUUGCUUUUAGUGGAUUUUAAUAUUUAUGUAUUCAUAGGAGCUUAUAGUGGCUACUAUACUAGUUCUUAUUUCAAUAAAAUAUUUAAAACCGA